AUGACGAGCUUGCCGUUUGUUCCUCCUCCGCCUCGACAUAUUCAUCGAUCUCUUGAAAGAGAUCGGCAUAUUCUGCGUCAGCUGCCCGGCGGUGGAAGAAUAUCUCUCCCUAGGGGUGAAAUAGUUAGUAUAGACCUAAAUGGUGAACCAGAGGCCGACGAUGGUACUGUUGUGAAUUUUACUACGCCGAACCCCCCUAAAGAAGGAAUGCGUUUUGACUCCGGUUUUGAAUUUAGUGAAUUUUGUCACCGCUAUGCUUACAACGAAGGUUUUGAGAUGUUUGUGAGUAGUGAUGAGAUAAAGAAAGAGUAUAAGGAUAAGGGUGUAAGUAAGAAAGGUAUAGGAGAACUUGAGGCUAAGGCGCAUAUGAUGCAACGAAUAAGAUUAAAAUGCAAGAAGGGAGGUGUUAAAAAAAGCGAGGGGUCUAAUGUUACAGGUUGCAAAGUCUUUGUUUAUGGUUCAUUUAAAAAUGGAGAGUUUAUAGUUGUUAAUUGUCAUUUGGUGCAUAAUCACCCUCUAAGCCCCGAAUGUAGUCGAAUGAUGGUUAAUUACCGUAGCAUUGAUGAAGCUACCUUCGAUAGGAUAAUGAUAAAUGAAAGGGGGGGUGUGAGCGUUAGUAGAAACUUUGGCACUCAACUGAUUGAAAAAGGUGGUUUUGAUAAUAUUACGUUCAACAAAAGGGAUGUUAGAAAUGCCAUAGCUGUUGAACGUCGUAAAACAAUGUUUGAGGAAGGAGAUGCUGCCAGUCUUGAAAAGUAUUUCAAAUCACAACGAGAAUUGAAUAGCGAUUUUUAUAGUUCUAUUCAACGAGAUGAAGACGGUAUUUUAAAGAACGCAUUCUGGUCUGAUGCGCGUAGCAGAGGAACUUGCAAAUACUUCGGGGAUGUGAUUAGUUUCGACACCACCUUCUCUAGCAAUAGGUAUCGUAUGCCGUUUGCCCCUUUUGUUGGCGUCAACCACCACGGGAAAUCAGUUGUAUUCGCCGCCGCUUUAAUAUCACAUGAAGAUACUGAAACUUUUGUUUGGGUUUUUGAGGAAUGGUUGAAGUGCAUGGGAAAGCCUCCGAAGGGCAUUUUAACCGACCAAGACAAGGCAAUAGGUAAGGCAAUUAGCCUAGUUUUCCCAGGUGUUCCACACCGUCUUUGUUUGUGGCACAUGCUACAGAAUGCCUCUCGGAACCUUGGCAAACUUGCUGAAUGGAAAAGCAUUGAUACACUUAUUAGAACGGCCGUUCAUGAUAUGCUCGAUCCUGAGGAGUUUGAUGAGGCUUGGUGUCUUGUGAUGGACACAUAUAAUCAACGUAAGGGCUGGAUGCUGGAUGCUUACGAUAACCGUCAACAAUGGGCUCCAGCCUACAAUAGAGGUAGAUUUUGGGCCGGAAUGUCAUCAACACAGAGAAGUGAAGGUAUGAAUCGUUACUUCAAAACUUAAGUAGACCUAGAAUGUGGAUUGCUGCAGUUCAUUAAAAACUAUGAGUUUUGUAUGAAUAUAAAGGCAGAGGAAGAAAAGGAGGAUAAUUUUGAUUGUGUAGAUAAGCCUCCUCAAAUUGAUGUUGACAAGAGUGUGUUAGCUGAGUACGUUUUCCAUAAGGUUUACACCAACGAAAUGUUUGCUGAUAUCGUGCGUGAGCGUAAAGGUUUAACCCACACAAAUGUUACCAAAAUUGAUGCAAUAGGAUCACUUAUGUUGUAUAGAGAUGAUGAGAAACUGACCUCCCCUCAUUGGAGGAAACGGUUCAAAAGCUACACCGUUAAAGUAGAUAAGGUUAUAGGAGAGGUAAGUUGUUCAUGUCAGUUGUUUGAAUUUAGAGGUAUUCUAUGUAGGCAUAUACUCAAAGCCAUGGAUGUGGAGGAUUUUCAAUUUAUACCUGAGAAAUAUAUACUAGAUAGAUGGAGGAAGCAAGUUAGGUCUUAUGAGAGCUUGAGGGUUUCAUACUAUGAUCCGGAGGAAUCAAGACGGCUAGCAAAAGCUAAAGAGCUAUCUUUUUGGCACAAUUAUUUGAAAGAAUUGGCCAUGCAUAAUGACGUUGCAUACAAGCUGUAUACGGAAGCUACUAAUAUUGUUAGGCUAAAAAUGGAGGAUGCGGUGGGGA